GUAGAUGGGCUUCUUUACCAUGUUGCUUAUGUUGCAGUGUGCACAGGGGGGCAGUGUUUGAACGUUAAUUGGCUCUUUCAUGUAGAGCAGGCUGCUGCUGAUUGGUCGCCUGUGAAACAUCUGUAUCCAUAGUUCCAGUUGCUCGUGUCUCCGGCUCGCUCAUGACUCAGACCCUGGAGAGCGUUAACUAACUGGCGAACAUUUAAAUCGAUAACCAUCGACAUACCGCUAUCUCAUAGUGCCAGAUAUUUGUAACAUAUUAUUUCAUAUUCUCUCUAAACGGGGAGGAAAAGUUAGGGGGCACUGGAGACACACCAAUGAAUGAGUGAAUAAAUUAACCGAAUGAAGACCACACUGUUUGUCGGUUGGUUACAUACACAUCCUUAUAAUCAUGUCACACAACAGCGCGACUCUUGUCGAGGGAGGCAAAGCCAAAUGUUUUUUUUCUUGAGUGCUUUAUUCCAAGUACCUCUGAGGACGUGCGUGAAGCCCAUCCCACUCCGUUCCCUAAAUUCACUGCGCCUGCUGUAACACAGGAGCCGUUUGGCGCUGGAUUGCCGGCUCCGCUGCGUUCAGCCAUCCUGUCUAACCUCCAGGUAUGCUAAUGCCCCCUUUGGUAGGCACCGCGGCAGACACAAAGGAACUCGCUUCACUUUUUUUUUUUCUAUUUUUAAGGUGACCGCCUUCCUCAGUGCUGCGUCCGCCGCUGGCCAGCCUGUGUGGCUGCAGGCAACGUUUAAAAAAAUCGCUCUUCGCUCGGAUAUGCGGCUGUGUUUAUUUCACCGGGAGCGAUCAGCACGGGCUUAAGUGGACUAUCGAUAAGUUUCUAAUCAGAUUGAUGGUCGUUGCGUCAACGGAGGGAAGCCCGAGCCGCCAGAUUGGCCGCGAGCGCGCUGAUCUCUUAAUGGACCGCUGAAUUGUUAAAUGACAACAACGAUGAAUGUUGUGAUUUCUCUCCCGUGAUACUGAGAUAGCUUAUCUGGAGCCGCAGCAGCUGCCUGCCUGUCGCUUUUAUGCAGAGCCUUUGCAGGGUCAAGAUGCAGUUUCGGACUGUGCUGGACGUGAAAGUCGUGGACGUGGAGAAGAGGCGCAAUCCGUCUAAACACUACGUAUAUCUCAUCAAUGUCACCUACUCUGACAACACCUCCCACAUCAUUUACAGAAGAUACAGCAAAUUCUUUGACCUACAGAUGCAGAUACUUGACAAGUUCCCAAUUGAGGGAGGGCAGAAAGACCCAAAGAAGAGGAUCAUCCCAUUUCUCCCAGGCAAGAUCCUGUUCCGGAGGAGUCAUGUGCGAGAUGUGGCCAUGAAGCGGCUGCGUUUCAUCGACGACUACUGCAGGGCGCUGGUGCGACUCCCUCCACAGAUCUCUCAGAGUGAGGAGGUGCUGCGCUUCUUUGAGACGAAAGCUGAGGACAUCAAUCCUCCAGUGGAGGACUAUGGCUCCAAGCGCAAAUCGGUAUGGAUGUACGGCUUUACAGACAGCCCGAGGAAAGAGGCCUCAGGGAUUGACAGCUCGGAGCCCAUGGUGCUGGAGCAGUACGUGGCCGUGGCCAACUAUGAGAGGCAGGAGAACUCGGAGAUCAGUCUCAAGGCUGGGGAGACAGUGGACGUGAUUGAGAAGAGCGAAAGUGGUUGGUGGUUUGUUAGCACAGCAGAGGAGCAGGGCUGGGUGCCGGCCACAUACCUGGACUCCCAGAAUGGAACCAGAGAUGACUUGGAUCUUGGCACUUCCAGGACUGGAGAAGUUACUAAGAGACGCAAGGCGCAUCUGAAGAGGCUGGACCGCCGUUGGACCCUCGGGGGUAUAGUCAACCGCCAGCAGAGCAGAGAAGAGAAAUAUGUGACGAUACAGCCAUACACCAGUCAAGGGAAGGAUGAAGUCAGCUUUGAGAAAGGGGUCACCGUGGAGGUCAUCCAAAAGAACCUGGAGGGCUGGUGGUUCAUCAGAUACUUAGGGAAAGAGGGCUGGGCCCCUGCCUCAUACUUGAAAAAGGUGAAAGAGGAUUUUUCCCCCCGCAAGAAGACCUUGACGGGCCCUGUGGAGAUCAUCGGCAACAUCAUGGAAAUCAGCAACCUACUGCAAAAGAAGUCAGUCAGCGAGAAGGACAUUCAGACAGAUGGGGAAGGUAGCACCACACCAGAGCGUCACAUCUCCAAGAGUGAGAUCAGUCUGCCAAUGCCUUAUAGCUCUGAAAUCAAUGCCGAGACAGGCAGGAGGCUGAGCGCAGGCCGAGACACCAACAGUCCAUGUCUAGGAAUAGCAGCAAGUGCUGCUCUAAAUGAGAAUAAAGGGAGAGGCGAGCCAGGGUCCCCAGCUGUUGCAAGAGUGGCACCGCAUAGAGUGGAAAUUGGCUUCGAUGCUGUAGGGUCUCCAAAUCUGAGGCAAAAACCUCCCCCAAGGAGAGACACCAACUUGGGAUUCCAGUUACCUAAGCCACCAGAGCCCCCUGCUGUGGAAGCAGAGUAUUACACUAUAGCAGAUUUCCAGUCCUCGAUCUCUGAUGGCAUCAGUUUCCGUGGAGGACAAAAGGCUGAUGUGAUAGAGAAGAACCCUGGAGGCUGGUGGUACGUGCAGAUUGGAGAGAUGGAGGGCUGGGCCCCCUGCUCCUACAUUGACAAACGUAAGAAACCCAACCUCAGCCGUCGAACCAGCACCUUGACCCGGCCCAAAGUCCCGCCGCCUGCUCCGCCUGUCAAAAAACAAGACUCUGAGGAGGCUCUCCCUCCUCCUAACUCUGCCUCCAAAGUCUCAGAGCCACCCAGCAGGCCUGUGUAUGAAGAACCUGAAUAUGAUAUUCCUGCAAUUGGAUGUGAAGGUGAGUCUGAUACAGAUUCCUUGAAGGAUGAGCGCUCCCUGGAUGUGAAGAUUAGCAGCAUGGUCAGUGACAAGUACCGCAGCUCCCCUCCUUCUUGCAAGGCCUCUCCUCCUGUUGGUAAGGCGUCUCCUGUGUUUACUCAUCGAAGAGCCUCCUUCAGGUCUGUAGAAGAGGUUGCUAAAGAAGAGUGCAUUUAUGAGAACGAUGGCUUCAGGUCAAGCAGCGGCAUUGAAGGAACCUCAGCCAAAGGCUCCAGUGAGCCUAGUUCCCCAAGGAGUUACCACUCGUCGACAGUCCCACGAAAACCUUCCGGAUCCUCACCAUUAGCUGGUAGGCCCAUGAAGACUAUGACACCAGAGAUGAAUCGGAGAAGUCAGACCCUGGGCAGACACAUAGAUAUCAGCCUCAGGUCCCAGGACAACAGCCCCCUCUCUUCAUCAGAUGAACUCAGUAGAGGCCCCAAAAAGGGUCCUGCCUUCACCCGGGAUGUGGAACAGAGAAUAGGUCAAAGCCCCUCAACUAGGCCCAAGCCUUCUGUCAGACCUAAACCACUCCUAACCAAAUCAGAGCCCCAGAGUCCUGAGAGGAUGGACAUCAGUUCUUUGAGGCGACAGCUGAGACCUACAAGUCAGUUUCGACAUGGCAUCAAAUCUUCUCGUGGGGAUGACUCUGAAACAGCCUCUGUUAUCUCAUCAGAGGACUCGAUGUGUUCACGUAGCACCUCAGAUCUUUCCUCUGUUUACUCUAAAGGGAGCCGUGGUGACUCAGACAUGGAAGGCCCUAGUCUCUACCGUUCCCUGGAUGCCUACAAAAAGGUCCAGGACUCUGAGGUCAGCUUCCCGGCCGGGGUGGAGGUUGAGGUUCUGGAGAAGCAAGGCAGUGGUUGGUGGUACAUCCGUUGGGGCUCAGAGGAGGGCUGGGCUCCCUCGUACUACCUGGAGCCUGUCAGACAAGUGGGUGAAGCUGGUGGGUUAGACUCAGAUGGACAUGGGAGCAGUGGUAGUAAGUCCAACAGCCUGGAGAAAAACGAGAAGCAUGUUUUGGCCCUCAAUAAUAUCAAUAUUCAGGGUCUAACCCAGCAGCAUCAAGGCCUGAGAAGGAACACCCCACCAAUUCCUUCCAAGCCUCCUGGUGGCUUCUCAAAGCCAUCAGGGAUAGUUAACGGAGGUGUACGGAUGAGGAACGGGGUACGCCAGGUGGCGGUAAGGCCUCAGUCUGUUUUUGUGACCACAACACAGCCAGCCAAGGAUGGCCACUACAUGACAGGGUCUCUGAGGCGAAAUGACUCACUUGGUAGAAGUGAUCACUAUGGUUCUGGUUCUGCCACUCUUGGUGUCCGCAGAAAUGCCUCCUUCAGCACUGUGCGGCCACAUGUAGUUGUUGAAAGUCAGACAAGGCCUGCUGAGCGUUCCAGCCUGGGGUCAUCAGGGAGCACAUUCAGCACAAGCAAUGUCCAGGACGCCCUUAGCAGAGCUAACCAACGCAAUGGUAUCCCUGUGUCCACAGUGCGGCCUAAGCCCAUAGAGAAGAGCCAAGUGAUCCACAAUAACCUUGGCAGGGAUGUGUAUGUGUCCAUUGCCGACUAUCGCGGGGAUGAGGAGACUAUGGGUUUCACUGAGGGCACCUGUCUGGAAGUAUUGGAGAGAAACCCCAAUGGAUGGUGGUACUGCCAGGUGCAGGACAGCCUGCUUCCCCGCAAGGGCUGGGUCCCCUCCAACUACCUAGAGCGGAAAAAGUAGAACCGACCCCAAUCCUUCCCUUACACUUCAUCCCACCUCCCUCUUUUGAUGUCUCCAAGGACGUGGGUGGCAUCACUCCUCAAGAAUGUUACCUGCAAUCUCCUGUAAGCAAUAUGUCCUUGAAAAUGUACAUUUAUGAAACAACUGUGUGUAAAAGAAAGAUGUUUUAAUCAGAUAAGGAAAGACACUUUUAGUGCUGGUUUACUAAAAUGUAUACAAAGAGGAGUAUAAGGAGUGUGGCUGGGAAUGAGAGACAGAAAUAUGGGAUUGGUCAUCCAUGAGUGAGGAAAUGUGAGGAGGACAGUGUCUUUGAUAUAUGAAAUGGUAUGAAUGGGAGUGAUAACCUCUUAAAGAGGUCUGCAUCAUUAAUACAGACGUUGAGCAGGGUAAUGGCUAUGCCUAUUCCUGCCCAUCACUGACUAUGAUGGCCAAUAAGUGCCUUUUGUAUUUGAUCACCCGAAUGGAGGUCCUAAAUGGUAAAUGGCAAAACAUUACGUCAACCAAAUCUCUUAAGAGUGCCAUAAGCCUAUGAACACCACCGAGAGUAUUUCCAUCACCAAUUAAGAGCUACACUAGAGUUCAACAAAGUGCAAAGUUUCAGUCUAGAGUGUGCUAAUUGAUCCAAUGCACAGAUUUAAGAAACUCAAUUCACUAGAGAAUUCAUUUGUUUUAAGCCACAAGUCAUCAAGCAAACUAAAACAACAUUUAAGUCUCAUUAUCAGUAUUUUUAUUUAGUUUCAUUGUUCAUGUUAUAUUGUCUUGUGCUGAUGCAAGUCCUCCUUAGAGAAUUAUUUCUGCUUUCUUGUGACAUCUGUUUUCCACCAAAAGCCUAGAAAUGGAAGUAUCAAUGUCCCCGUCUUGUGUCGUGUACCAUCUGACACUGGCAGUUAUAUAAUGUAAAAAAAAAAACAAACAAAAAAACAAAUUAAAAUAAAUUAGCAUAGUUUUGUCACAGACCCUCAAGCCCCCACAAAUAUGUUAAUAUUCAUAUUUUGAAUCCUAGAUCUAACUGGGACAACAAAUAUUUAAGAAAAACCUGUGAAACUUGAAAGUAACAGUUGGAUAUUUCAGUUUCCUGGAAAGUCAAAAGAACAACUUGUAACUUGAGUGCUCUCCAAAACAAAACCACCUCAUAUCUGGGUAGGCCCGGGUACCCUUAAAAGAUGAAAACAAUUAGUUUACAAUGGUUUAGGUUUACUGUAGUGUUUAUAGUUCCAGGAACAAUUGACUUUGUAUAUAUUUUGUUUUGUAUUCAUAUAAUAAUACUGCUGUUGCAGAGUUGUAUUAAAUAAGUACUGGAAAUGUGGUGAAAUAAUUGAAUCCCAGGGACAUAUUUGCAUAGCAUUUAGCCCAAAAUGUGAUCAAACCAAAGAGAAAUAUCAUUUCAUUGGCUGUUUUUUUUUAAAAAUGAUUUUACUAUUUAUUUUAUGGUACAGAUAAUAGUGUAUUCAUCACAAUAGGUUCCUGAACUGUAAAAAAAAACUUUUCCUAUCAGUACCUGGAAGCACUUGAUACAUUUUCUCAAAUAUUGAUCCACUGAAACUGAAGUAAACAAGUAAAUUGUAAUAUUAGAUAUUGUUGUGCAGUAUUGGCUUUGAUAUGAAAGAAAAAACAACAUAAUUUAUUAUCUUGUUUCAAAGUUUGGGUAUUUUUAAAAAUCUUUGAUAAUAUUAAUAUUUUAAUAUCAUAGGAAUACGACUUAGCUGCCACCUAAAAUAUCAAGUUAAUAAUUCCCCCCAACUCUGAAGAUAAAUUGGAGAAUUCGAAGUCGCAAACUCCAACUUCAAAUGGCUGAUGUUCAAGACUGCUGAAAUACAUUUUCUAAUGAACAGUCUAAACUGUUGGCAUGAGGCUGAACACUAACUUUUGAUUAUGUUUCUGCUGGACAGUAUCAUAUUAUUAAACAAAGUACAGUACCUGCUAGAUCGCAGUUAUCUUUUUUUUUUUUUCAUUUUGUUGUGUUUGUUAAUUUUUUAUAUUGUGAUCACACAGGGACAAUAAUGAGGAAUGAAGUUGUUCUGUUUUGUGAAUUAGUGCACUUUAAAAUCGUUUUUAUGGUGCAUUAAUGUAAAGAUGCAGUGAAUACUCAGCAUAUUAUUUAUUGAAUAGGCUUUUGUAAUUAUUUAAGGUCUCAAUUGUUUUUUUUCCUCACCUCAAAUGAGAGGUGGAACUCGUUAAUGAGUUCUCUCAAUGACAGGGACCAUGCCAAAGUCUCUGAGUAGAAUUGGAGAAAUAGAGACCUCUUGUGGGAAGUCACAGGUACUACAACAUUAUUUUUUAUCCCAUCCACAUAAGGCUUAUUUAUCAGCUGUCCUACCUCAGUGCAAUAAGAAAUGCACUGCUGGUCAGUGAGUCUCUCCAAAAACUGUGCAGAAAUGUAAUGUUUUUUUUCUCUCUUUUUUUCAGUGCAGCUAAAAUAAUUUUUGUAGCACAUGUUUUGUAUUGGGCAAUAAUUUAUUUUUUUGAAAAUUUCAAAAGUUCCCUUUUUUCUCUAUGCUGUGUGCUGCAACUUUAGCAAAUCACGGGCACUUCCUUCAUCUUUAUUGUGCUUUACAUAAUGCCUGAUUUUAAGUAUAUUUAUUAUGAAUAUCAUGGCUUGACAAAUCACCCUAUCACUCCUUAAAAUAUCACUGUAUAAUUUUAUACAGAUUAAAUAUUGUUGACUAAUUGGUCCCCAGUCUCCCAAAAUGUUGAGUCAGCAGUCAGGAAAAAAACUAUUAUCAUCUAGUUGAGAUGGAGAGAUAUUUGUAUUCAUUUCAAUAUAUGAAAAUAAGUAUCUAUAAAUAGUAAAAUAAAGAAUUAGACUGCUGAUAUUUGCUAUGAGGCAAAAAGCCCUCCUCCCAUCCAGACGAAGGCAUUAUGUAAAUGUGUCGAAUCACUUUUAAUGUUUUGCUCCAGCACAUGUUAUUAUCUCAUAUCGCUUUAUUUGAUCAAGCUGAAUUUACUUGCAAGGGAAUCGUUCUGUGUUGAACUUACAUUUAGCUGUGUAGCAUUGGUCUUUAUUCAUGCUUUUACUUUUUUUUUCUUUUCUUUUAUCUCUCUGCCCCAUUUUGUCAAAUUCUGAAAUGUACCUGCGAGGAAAUGUGCAAUAGAUAAAAAAUGCAUUAACGAGAGGAAAAAUAUCAUAGGUCUACAAAAACGUGAACAAUGUUGUUUUACAUCUGUUGGGAGUAGAUAUUCCUGGUCAAACUGCCAGUCAUGAGCUUUUACCAUCAUUUCAAGUCAUAUUUAGGUCUGUUGAGAAGAGCAGAUGUGCAAGGCUCUAAAAGCAUCAGAAAACUCAUUGGACCAAAGCAGCUGUAUGUGACACCUCAUUAUCUCCUGACGUGAUAGACUUUUAUAAGAACCAACAUGAGAAUCUCUGCUCCUCCUGCCUCGGAUCAGCAGUGGACAGUGAUUUGUGAAUGGCAUGGCAGAAACCCACUGACCCAUUCUGUAUUGACAUUACAGCCAUCUGGGGUCUUCUUCACAGAUGGAGAGUCAUGGGCUCAUCAUCAGGGGCCUCAGUGGGCCUGCUCUGAGCUGUCACGUUUGUGCCUGUUUCUUGUUUUUGUGUUGUUGUUUUCCUCUUCUUCUUCUCUUUUGUUUUGUUUUGUUUUCUCUCUGGAGUGUGCCCUCUCUCCACCUACACGGAUGCCUCUCUUGACAUUUACCCCUCCAUUGUCAAACCAAGUCAGACUUUCAAUCACCUCGGCGAAGGUGACAUUUGGAACUGACUGGAGAGUUUCAGUGGUAAACAAGAGACCGGGAGAUGAACGCUCCUUCAGGCCAUUUCAGUUCAAUCCAUCAACUUCCAGGAUGAACACCAAAAAUAGAAAAACCUUUAUUUUUCCUUUCGCUGAGCCCCAGCAGGCCUUAUUGGUGUGCAACAGGUGAAUAUGUCAGUGUGCUAAAGAAUAUGUGUGUGUACAGGCCAAUACACCUGUAGUUUCUGUCUUGUCAUGGGGCUUGUAUCGAUAGAUCCUUUUGUCUGGAUAGUUUGUAUUUAAACUCCACCUUAAAAGAAUAGUACAGUAUUUUGGGAAAUACCUUUAUUUGUUUUCUUGUUGAGAGUUAAAUGGUGAAAUGUUUGAAAAUAUUUAUGUUUUUUAAUGAGCAAGAUUAAGAUGUAAUGUAAGAAGCAGAGUGGUAAAUUGAACAAAUCGUGUUUUACACAAAGCACUGGCAGGUAGCCUAACAUAGUAUUAAGACUGAAAGCAGGGGGAAACUGCUAGCCUGGUGCUGUGAAAGUUUAGAAUCUGCCUAGCAACACAUCUCUAAAGCUCACUAAUCAACAACAAGCAGUGGUUUUACAGGAACCUGAGGGCAGAACGCCAAGAGGUCACUGAAACUGGUAAAGAAUUAGUCCCGCACAUAACUCUCUGAAAAACCAUAAACUUGUUAUUUUUACAUAGUUUUUGUAGAGAUUUAACAAACACAAUGUAAUGUAUAAAUUAGUGACCUUCAGAGAUGCUUAUAGGCAGAUUUUCUUUACCUCCACAGAGCCAACCUAGCUAUUUCCCCCUAUUUUCAGUCUUCAUGCUAAGCUAACUGUUUCCUGUCUAUAGCUUCAUAUUUAGCAUACAGACGUGAGUGUGGUAUCAAUGUUCUCAUGUAACUCUCAGCAACAAAACGAAGAAGCAUAUGUCCCAAAAUAAUAUAUUAUUUAUAAUAAUAUAUUUGCUAUUUCAGUCAUGGCUCACCAGUUCAGCCUGUCUUUACUACACUGCUCUUAAACCUGCGUGCAUCCACACGGCACAGUGGAAAUGGAAUUGGCAGAGGUAAUAUUUUUGCACAUGCCAAUACCCAUGAUGAUGAGGAAUCAUUCAUGCCAGAGGAAAUAUAUGAGUUUCCCAACAUAUUCCCAGAGGUCAGUCGGGUGAAACAGUUACGGUGAAACUGUUACGCCGGCACCGUGUUCAUGUUAUUCCUCGCUCUCUUUUUAUUUUAACAAAUGGAUGGCACAUCUCAGGUGUAAAGCACCUUAAGCUUUGUACUCCCAGACACUAGCUGCUGCCAUAGCAUAUUCCUCCCGGCAACUCUUUCUCUCCGUCCCUCAGUUCUCUUUCUUUCUGCUCUCGCCACAUAUAUAAAUCUCUCUCCUUCCUCUACACAGCCUCGGCAGUCUAUUCGUGGUGAAAUGAUUGAGGUAUCUAGGAGGGUUUGGGGCGGGGGAGUGUUUGCAUACGUGUGUGUUUUUGCAUGAUGAGAUGGAUUGUUUGCAGGUGCGCUCAGUAGAAGAGAAGUUAGAGGUCAUGGAGGAGAAUUUGCAAGAGCAGGACGCAGGGAGACACAAGAUGGAUCAGAUAGUGAAUGCUAGGAGGCGAGGUGAGAGGAGUUCUGCUUUGAUAGGAGGGAGAUGAAAGACUGGUGGGCACUACCUCCAUUCUGAAAACUGAAAAAUAAUUCCUUCCAACAGGCAGCUCAUUUUUUAUCAAACUCCUUUACUGACCUUUCUAAAAUCCCAAGACCUAAUGAGUUCUUUGCUUCUAAACCUGAGCUGUGAAAUCUAAUUUCUCCAAACAAUGUUGUAAUUGCAGCUCUUGGAGUUUUUGAAGCUGCUUUGCAAGAAACUGCCAGUCAGAAAGAGACAAAUGAGUUCACACUACAGCAGCUCCUCUCAGCCUCAAUCUCCGUCCGUAGAAAAACUUUAGAGCUGAUCCUACGUUUGGUUUUAGCUUUUUAUACUGUCAGUGUCUUCAGAUCUUAUGUAGCCCUGAGGGUGCAAGAGUUGAGCUGGGUGUUGGAAAAAGUUUUUUGGAACAAGAGAAAAAAUGGCUUCAAAUGGUGGAUUCCUUGUGGCUUUUUUCUGCCUUCUUCCUUUGUGUUUUUGUUGCGAAAAUAAUUGAAUGUUGCAAAAGUGCAACACAGGAUUCAAGUUUAUUCUCAUCUAAUGAAAUGCUUUAAUUCAUAAUGGAAAGAAAUAAAAUAACAGGCUUCAAAAGUCAACAGCACCCAGCUCUGGAAUGAAAUGAUUGCUGAGUUAAUAAUGGCAGUUAUUUGAUAGAAGGAGGGGUAGGUUUGAAAGGAAAGUUUUAGUAAGUGUGUGGGAGCAGGUGGGAGGUAUUUAGGGGAAUGAUUUUGUAGGUUUUUUAAUUAAUAUCUAGUUUUUGUUUGAGUGCAAGAGAAGAAAGAAAAGAACUAGCAAGGCUGCAGGGCUUUUUCUCAAGCAGCUGGGGUAAAAAAAAAAAAAAACAGGCCUGUGAAUAAGGGAACGCUGAUUAUUUAUGUCAUUCUGAAAACUUCCUCACAGAAUCACAGUUGUUUGACGCGCCAGCGGGCAUCAGCAGGAGCUGUCUCCGAGCUCCAGAGAAGAGGCUGUGUCGAGGAACGAGACAUGCCGCUGUGUCUCUGUGGUACUUUUCUUUGUCUCUGUUUGAAUCCCUGUUUCUAAUUAGCACAACCGUGUGUCUUAAUUAACCUUAGCCAGUCAGACGAUAUAACAGCUUCCUAAUCAGGAAACACUGCGGCUGCUGCCAUUCCACAUAGGAGCCUCUGGUGCCAGUCGGAGCUCAGCCAUAUUUUUGAGGUGGAGGCGAACUGUCAGAAGUGACUGAUGCUGAGUGGCAGCUGAGGUAGAUUUCAUGGAAAGGUGGAGCCUGUUUUUAGCUCAGAUGUUGCAUUUAUAGAAUAGAAUUUGUCACCCCCCUGCUGUGGAAAUCAGCAUGCCAAAAAAAAACUUGGAAACCCAAUGCCAUCAAGCUCUUGAUCUGUAAAUUCUGACAAAAAGAGUCCAUAACCAGCAUGUCAACCACACUUAACAAACACAGUAACAACUACAGGCCUGGGGUUGGACCAAAGGAGGUGCUAUUCUUUUAUUUUAACUCUUGCAAACUCCUUGUUUUCAAAAGAUAUGCCAUGAUGAGGCUUUAUACAACUGUAAAUGUCAAUGAAUCAUCCAAUGGUGAGUCAUCCGGCCACCAAAUCACACACGGUGACGAGGCCACACACGAAUCUGUUCAAAGCAGCAUCAUACUAUACACCAGUGCACUAGCACAAAAUAAAAUGAAAGCAAAUACAGUCCAAAUUCCUUUCUGAUUGGAGACAUUAUGGACACAUGCAUUCCUUUUGAAAACAGAGCAUUUUCUUAUCUAGUUUCAUUUUGACAAGUCUUGUUCCUUUUUUUGUAUCUUGUACAUGUUUACAUUGUAUCUCGCAUUGCCCAAAAGAGAAACAAUAUUAAAUGUAUUACCUAUGUUGUUUUA